AUUAUUCUUGAGCAACCAUAUAUUACCAAAUAAUCUGAUCUUGAGAGACCAUUUUAUUUCACGCCAAUAUACUUUUAAAUGAUGAAAUUAUUAAUUGUUUACCAAAUAUAUGAAGAAAUGAAUGUGUUGCAUUAAUAUUUUUACGAAACCCGCUGAAUUUGGAAAACUCAAGGUUAACGGGUUCAUGUUGAUAAUACUACAUUAUUACUAAUCUCGAUGGAGAGGCAGAGGUCUUUCGAGGUUCUUCAUGUUGAUGUAUGUUCAAGCAAAGAUCAACAUACAGAAGUUCAUGGUUCGUACACUUUCUUAUUACCUUUUGGUGCUUCGAAGUUUGUGCUUGAGUCCUUUUGUUUCUAUUGCAGAUUCUUUUGCCGACCCUUAUUUUAUCCCUUGCCCAAGUCAAUAUCUUCUGGAUAGUUAUUUGUUAGACGUUAAUGCAGCCCAACAGCUUAGCCUCGUUUAAAAUCGUUGAAGAAGUCCAUAUUGUCUUUUAAAUCGCCUGAACAUUUCUAAAAACUAUGGUCUAUUUCCACCAUGGAAUUCAGUUUGUCAGAAAAAGGUUACGUAAUGUUGAUGACUUUUCCUACUCGUAAAAUGUUGACAAUAUGAGACCCGGCAACACACUGGUUCAUGGCAAAUGUGUUCACAGUGAAUUCAGAAAACCUUAUAAUUGUAGUUCCGUUUACGUGAAAAUUCUGUCGACUUUAAGUACCAAAUAUUCACAAUGUGCUUAAUUUUCUCCGCUGAUCAAUAAAUCAGCUCAGUUUUAUAAGACCAAUUUAUUGACGGCACUGUUACUGUUUUUUUCCCCACCAGAUUUUUACAGCUGAUAUAGUGUGAAGGGUUACCACAGUCUUGGGGUCCUUUUAUAUCCAAGUGUGCAGUUUCGAACCAAGCAGAUUUCGUCACAUCCAGCAUCCGAGUAAAAGAAGGACGCUUCAUUAGCUUCAAAUACUGUUAAAAAUUAGGAAUGUGGUUGUGUGCACUUACAAAAAUUCGUUUAGUGUUUAUUUGUAUAAUAACUGUUGCACAAAUAAUUUGUUUACAGUACAUGAAAAUUUUUUAGGUUUUGAUAAGUAGUAAUGAUCAAUGACUUCCCGACAUCUUAGCUCCUAUUUAUGUUGAUAUUUCAAAGGGAGUUUAUCUACGCAAACAAUCACUGUACUAUUCUUUUAUGCCUUCCUGGAGUCCUUUAUAUAUACCCCAAGAAAUGAAUGUCUCUUAUUCAUCUAGUCCUCGAAAUUCCAAACGUUGGGCCUUCAGUCCUGCUCGUGAAUGCUUAACCUCUGGACCACUGAAUUGAGAUCCAACGGUGUUAAUGUAUAAUGUCAAUCAAUCUGCGAUACGGCGCAACCAUCUUUGAUUAUCUGAUAGGUAACGGCUACACACUCAACACGGUUGAACUCCACUGGUCAAGGUUUCUCACUAGAACUUCGAGAAUUCCCUCUCGAAGCUAGCCACUAGUGAGCACAUGAUAAUUGUCAAUAUAGGGUUGUAGAAAUUAUUGACUUUCAUUGUUCGGUUCACGAUUCCAAUGAAAAUUAACAAUCUUAGCAAGCAUAUACUGAUGAUUCAUGAAAGUUUUAAACCUCAGGUAGACACGGCAAACGUUGUGGGUAACUACUUUGAACUGUGGUUCGUCCGAAUUCCCUGUAGUGUGAAAUCGGUAUCUGCCUACUGUCCUGAGUUAUUAAAGUUGUUUUGUGUGUCUUCUUUCGAGACCAAUGAGAAUCUUCUUUAAAAUCAUAAUAAAAAACAAACCUUGUCCGGAAAUAAGGUUACACCAGUUAGCAUUUCUGGGGGAUCAGUUUUCGAACCCCACAAUCAGUAUGGGAUGUGUUUAACGUACAGUAAAUGAAGGAGUGAAAUUGGAAAUUCCUAUAUAUCAAAUAAUUCGCGGACAUCCCUUGAUUCUCAAUAUUAGGCAGCAUAUGAUGUGAAGCAAUAAAGUAACGGUAUGAUCUAUCGUUCAACCUAAAAGCCAUGAAAAUAAGUUUACGAGAAUAAGAAAAAUGAUACCAAGCGAUGGUAUCAGAAACAAUAGUACCAGAAUUGUAAAAAGGUUAACGGGGACGUAGUCAGACUUCCAGCAGGUACCUCAAAAGGGACGAUACUUGUGUAUUAAUUUUUUCCCAAAAACGGCUGAUAUAGAUAGAUCUUGUUAAUAUCUGUCGUGCUGAUUUCAGAUGUUACCAGAUCAGGUUGCUGUCUUGAUCCUCAUAGUUGAUACUUGCUAGAAAUGGAUGAUUAUCGAAACAUUGUUUCUGAAAUGUAAAGCUAUAGCCUGAUUGUCAAAGUACUCGGCUUAAAAACACUAAGUUGUAAGUUUGAACUAACAUGAUUUUCGGCAACCAGGUUGCAUUUUUGUUCGAUAACUAAUUUAUUUCCCAAAUACAGAUAUCUGUACUUGGUAAAUAAGUUUCACUUCUCAGUGGUUCCUAGAACGUCAAAAUACUUUUAUACGUUUUCCUAUGACUUGAUCUGUUUCAUCGCUUAUCAGAUCCUCCUCCUAACUACAGGCAAAGGUUUUACAUCUUUUGGUAGUUCUUCAUAGAUCAUAUCCUCAGUCAGGGGGAUAGUAAUUGACAGACAAGCAACAACUCGUAAUAUCAAUCUUUCUGAGUUCUCACAGUUUCAUUCAUUUAGAUAGUGUACUGCUUUCAACUUAAUCCUAUACUUUCACGCGUGAAACCACGAAAAUUCGCUGUUGAAUCUCUAGAUACCUACCAGGUACAGUGGCAUGCUUCCACACGUUGGUGAAAUAAAGUCAAGUAAUGACACGAGUUCUAGGUAUAGAAUUCAGAAAGACAAAAUUAUUUAGUAGAAUUUUAAAUUUACUGAUUGAUGAUAUGUUAUCCCAUAGUUCUAGCAUUAAGGUUUCCGACAAGUAGUUUGACUUACUGUGUCAUGAAACCACGUUUGGUAUUACGUAAUCUCAGUUUGUUAACAAGUCUCAUAUCCCAAUGAAGCUAGUGGGGGGUUAGUAAGGUGUCUAUGAUAAGAUAAAGGGAAUUAAUAUUGAACCGGAUAAGCCUAAGACCUGCAUAUGGUUUGUGGAGGAUGGGCACUUUAUCCCUCCCUAAACAGUAGAGGGGCUAUGGCUUGGUGCCCAUCACUAGUUACUCAUUGUCCAUUUAAACACCAUUCUGACGGUAGUUCUUUAUACUAUUAAUCAUUGGUUACUGGUGGGAUCCCUAUUGCGUAAACAUGAAAGUAUUAAUUCACUAGUAAAUUCUCACUAGAAAUAUGUACAUCCUUUGUUAUAUUUUAGAGAAUGAUAGUCUUGUCGAAAGUGUCUACUUGGUUUCUGAGCAAGCUGUUUCUGAUGAAUCACCUUCUUACACUGAGGUUUCGGAGUCUGACAAGUCAGAAAAUUCUCUAUCCACAUCGACGUUCGAUUUCGUCAAACUAGACUGCGACCAAAACCAUGCUGCCAUUACACAGCCCUCUCCAUCUUGUAACUUGGACCAGUUACAUUGUCUAAGCAUACCUGAUGAGAAAGAGCCGACUAUUGUAUAUGAACAAUCAUGUAUCCAAUCGUCAACGUACUCUGAAAUAAAUGCCUCUGAUCGGAUACAUUUUUACUUCCGUGAUUUUCUUUUGGGAGGCAUACUUUUCAGUUUGCUUUUAGGUCACAUGCUGUAUUCUGAACAAUGUUAUAAAAAUAGAAUUGCUGGUUGUGAAAUUGAACGUGACAAAUUAUCAGCAAACAUUUCUUUUCUAUCGACUGAAAUUUUACAAAAAGAUACAGCAUAUCGACAUCUGGAAAUUAAACAUAAACACCUUAAAAAUGUAACACAUCAAUUGCAUUCAGAUAUAUCUAUACUAACAGCUGAAUUACGUGACAAAGCCCUAGCUUACAAUGAAUUAAAAUCAGACUACAAAUAUGUCAGUGAUAAAAUGAAAGAGUUAACCAGUGAAUUGCGAAAAUUGAAAUUUGCGCUUAUGGAUUUGAAACGCUCUUCGCUAUUUUUUCCCGGUAUCAGAUUGGUCAAAGAUAUCUUGUGUAAAAUUUUAAGCGUUUGCCCUGAUCUAGAUGGAGAGUAGACAAAUAAAUGGACUAAAAGUGAGCCAUGUCUUCGGGACAGAAUAAAGGAUAAUAUAUAUUUCUUUUCUCAGUUAAUGUUUUCGUCAUAUUUCUUUAUCUUGUUAAGUUUUAUUUUGCGUAAUUUUGGCGUUUCGUCUAAAAUCUCUUUUAUCUUACAGCUGCUAAUGUAAACAUUUAUACCAAAAGAUUAUUUAUAAUUUAUCUUCAUUAUAUACUUCAUUUUGAGAAUCUUCCUUCAAGUCAUUACGUCACAGUUUAAACAGUAUCAUAUAAACUAUAACACAAAUAGUCCGAAGUAAAUUCAUACAAAAAUAGAGUGAAGUCUCGAUUUAUUUGGUUCUUCUCCAAUAAAUAAAUAAUGUACCAUUAUGGUUCUCUUGUUUACGACAUAUAUUUCAAUUAUUUGGUUCUGAUAUAGUUUGAUUUUAACCAAUUUGGAGAAAUUAGAGCCGUAUCUAUAAGAUAAAUCUUUAUUAUGAAGUGUCG